CCGUCGAUUGUAAAUCGAUUUGAGAAUUUACCCUACACUGGCAAAGAUGGCGGCCACCCUGGUCUGGGCCGCGGACUCUGAUGAUGGUGGUGGUGGCCUUCGAGGGUUGGAGACGGAGACGGAUUAGGCACCGAGGAGGCGGCAGAUGCGGUCGAGUAUGUCGGAGGCUUCUGGAUUCUUUGUGGGGUGCUGGGUAGCGAUCAAUCGAGAAGAUCUGAUAUCAUCGUCGCUCAUUUUCCUCUUCCUUCUCCUCCUAUCCCCUCUGCAACCAUCCGCCGCUUACUCCUCAUCGUCGUCAUCAUCCUCCCCUAAUUGAUGUUCUUCCCGUCGCGGCUGACUCGGCUCACCGGCGUCAUCGUCCUCCCCCAUCGGCUUCUCCGUCGGGAUCGCCUCGGCGAGCUUUGGGAUCGAGCGGGAGUGAAGAAGGAGCAAGCAACCCUGCCAGGAGACCUUUUGUGUCCUCGAUCUAGGGAUUUUGUUUCCUCUCUGGUUCAGUUAAAUAUCAAGUGAAAAUGGAAGCUGGGGUUUCAUGCUUCCCUGUUCCGGCCACAUGCUGAAUAAUGGUUGGGUGGAUUGAGGUUUUGGAGAGGGAGAAUGGCGGCAAGUCAUCCGGGGAGAGGGAGAUGGGGAGACGAAGAGAACCGGAGUUCUGAGAAAGGUUGGUUGCGGCGGCCGGCGGUAGGGGUUAAAAAAUAGAAUUUUUAAUUUUAUUAUUUUAUAUUAAAAAUUUAAUUUAAAAAUAUUAUGUGUUAAUGAGCUGAUGUGGCAGCUGACGUGGUGUAUACGUGGCUGCCACAUAUGUGCCAUGUAAUCAACAAUCAACAUUUUAUGGUUGACUAUUUGGUCAACCGUUAUCUAUAUCAGUCAACGAAAUUGUCAGGACGUAAAUGACACACAACUAUCAUACGUCAGGACACAAAUGACACAUUCUUCGUAGUUCGGGUUUCCUAGUGGUAUUAUCCCUAAAAGAAAAUGUGGAGAGGUCCAAAACGGAGAGGAGUUAAAAAUGAAUUAUUAAAUUUUGCGUUUGGAAAUUGAAAAGAAAAGUAGAAUGGCGUAUGUCAUUGCCACUUAGAAAUAGAUGGGAGCAGUUGUGGGGAUUACUAUGGAUUAGUAUUCACCAUGAUUACUAAAGGCAAAUCGAGAAACGGAAAAAAUAUUUAUUAAUUUUCCUUUUUAAUAAAUUAUAUUUUAGGAAGUUACCAAAAUAUAUUAACUACAAUAUUCUCUCUCUUUCUCUCGCUUCCAGAAUCUUCAGUGAGAUCUCUCUUCCUUUUUUUCUCAAUCUUUUCCUUGUUUUCAUUCAGGCAAACUAAUAAAGCUGCAAUAAUAAAUCAAUACCAAUCCAUUAAAAAACCACUAGCAUUAUACAAAACACCAAUACCAUUGAGAAAUAAGAACACUACCAUUUCAGAAAACACCAAUACAAUUGCAAAUUUAACCAAUACCCAUACAUGCAAAUCAAUAUCAUUACAUGAUAAUCAAUAUCAAUGCGAAAAAACACUACCACUACAUUUCACAAAACAUCAAUACCCUUACAUAUAAUUAAUACCAAUGAAAAAAAAAACAAUAUCAAUGCAAAAAAACACUACCACUAUGAAAAAAAACUACCAAUGCGAAAAAACACUACUAACCUAUUCUCUAGUCGAAUUCUCCCAAUGACGGGGGGGGGGGGGGGGGGGGGGGGGGUGUUUUGCACCAGUGGUGGGAUGGGGUGGAGUGAGGAGGAGGGGGAGGAGAGACGGUGGUAGGAUGAUGAGUUGUAGUAGGGUUUGGGUAUAUAUAGAGUCAUCACGUGUGGUAUUUUUUUCAUUUCCAAAAUUAUCAUUAAUCUAAUCUUUACCGUUAAUUUUAAAUUAAACUGAACUAGAGAUAAUGAAUGGUGUAGAUUUUAGUAGCCACCGUGAUUACUUAAAAAAUGAGUAACCAUGCUAAUCUAUUUCGAAGAUAGAUUGAUAGAGAGAAAUGAAAUGAGAAGUUGUUCGUUGGCUUUGCACUGUAACUUUGUGGACGGUGCAGUACUUUUUCCCCAUCUUAUCUAGUCUUUAUAACUAAUGUUUUUUCAUUCUCUUUUUGUUUGCUAAAUAUUUUGAGGUUCUAAUUAUCAAAAAUUUUAGUUGUUAAGGUACUAAUUACAUAAUUUAUAUAUUUACAUUAAAAAAUUAGUUUAUAUUUUAUAUAUAAUAUUAGUAAAAUUUUAGUUUAUAUUUAUAUAUAAUAUAAAAUAAUAUAAUAUAAUAUAAUAUAAUUUUAACGCUCUAUCCACACUUUCAAUAUUGAAUUCCUCUAAAUCAAACGCUCUUACGCUCCCGCUCUACGAACUGGUUAGCUAAUUUAGAGUUAGGUUUGGUAACCCUGUAUUUUGCUCAUUUUUACAGUAAAACAUGGUUUCUCAAAUUUCUCAUACGAUAUCAUUAAUUUUGUAAAUCUCUUGGUUUACUUAGAUAUUGGAAACAAUCCACAAAAUACAUUACUCUACUAAACUACUCAUUUAGCAUAAUUAGUCUGACACGAAGUGACUUGAACAAAUAAUUUUAAUGGAGAAAAGAAGAACAAUGUAUCAUAAUAAAUGUGUUAACUACGUUGAAAAUUGAAUAUUGUUUAUAUAAAUACUGGCCAAUCUGAUAACUGAGGAGGAAAUAAAGAGGGAUGAUUAGUGAUCGAUGUUGCUAUCAGUUAUGAUGGUCAAAUAAACAUUUUUAUAAUCUUACAACCAAAACAACGGUUUACUAACGGUUUCAAAUAAUUCAAAUAACAUAAAUGUUAUUUCUACACGGCAAAUGGUAAGAUAGUAAUACUAAACGAUGUCAGACAUGUUUCAUGACUAUAAGUUCUUUCUUGUUAUGAAAACAUGUAACAAUAAGUUUUGGCAUAAUCUAUGUCUUGUUUAAAGAUCGAGACGAGACGAUGUCGAUCGAUGGCGUGAAGGAAUAUUACGGUGCCUCCAUCACCAAAGACCAAUAGUCGUGUUAUGUAUGCCCAUAAAAGAAAAAUUGUUUAAAAAGUAAUUGCUUUUUAGAAUAUUUUCUUUUCGAAAAAAAAGUGUCUUCUAAUUCGUUGCAUGUGUUUCUGGCAAUUUAGGAAAACACAAAAAUGGGAUUCUCUCAUUAAAGUUCUUGACAUAAAAGUAAUCAUCACAUUAUGGUUGUUGACAUAAAAGCACUAUGACCUUUUCUUCAACCUUUUUAACCCAACAUUACUUCUCCAUCCUUCUUCACUCCAAACAAAUCUAGAGACUUGCGGCUCUUAACCCAAGUUCAAGAGGUAGGUGGAAUGGCAAGCUGGGGGAUGUACUGCCCAAGUGGUUUGUUUGCUCCAAAACCGGUCACCCAAGUACCACCAUCGCUAUCAAUGGAUGAAAAGGACAUAACCGAUGACCUUUUGAAAGAGUACUUGAUUGAUAUUCCUGUCGAAGAGCUGAAUCAUCUGAUGCUUCAUGAGAACACAAACCAGAUGGAGAACUCUGAUUUGCUCAAUCGGAACACAAGCCAAACCGAGAACUCUGCUAAGCUACCAGAAGUUGAGCAUACUUAUGAAGAAGACAUACCUGCCAUACCCGACAAAGUUGAUGGAAAGCAUAUUGAUCAUGACACAGAUCAGGCAAAAAAUUCCUUUACCAUCCCAGAACAGGAGAAAAACAAUGCAGAAGAUGUAGCCACCGAUCAUGUUUCACCUAAACAGCAGAUUAAUCUAGACACAAAGGAUCCCACCAUCUUACCAGAAGUGGAGCGCAACUACAAAGAAGAUGUAGCCAUACUAUCCUUGAAAAUUAAAGAUUAUAUCAAGGCGGCCAAAAAAGCUUUUCAAAGGGAAAGCCAAAAGAAGAACAUUGGCGUUGCAAUUGAAGCAGAACCCAUCGCCUUUCGUUCACCAGAGGGAUCAUCUAAUGACGACAAGGCCUAUCCGUUGGAGAAAAAGAAAAAGAAACAACCUGCUAUAUCUUGUGGAAAAAAGCCAGUGCCAAUUUCUUCAGACAUUCCUGCAGAUAUUAUGGCUAAUCUGCACGGUCUCGAAAAGUGGAUGAUGAAUCGAGAGGAAAUGCGAGUGAUGAUGGAACAUAAGCAUCCAGUUCAACUGUCUAUGGCUAGAAGGCUCCAAGGCUGGACCAUGGAGCUUAAGCAGCGAGCGUCCAAUCUCAAUACAUUUGAUGCGUAUUAUUCCCACCAGGAUUUCAAUGUGACAUUUCGCUCUGUGACUGAAGUCAUUACCUUCGUGCUGUAUAAUUUUGUUCGUAAGCAAGUGAAGGAUGAGCCUCCAAGUAAGAGAAAGGCAUUGGUCAACUCUGCUGCUGAACCGAGUCGAAAGAAGAGGAAGAUCACGAGGGCAGAAGAAAUUGAAGUGCAAAAAUUCUGAGCUGAAGCAUUCAAGAAUCUGCAGAAAUGGGGGCGACUGUGAAGUGAUCGAUUCCGAUCAUUGAGUUGCUUGCUGCUGGGAAAUUUAGAACUUCUCUUUUAUAUGAGCAUAUAUAUUUCGAUAUUUCCGUAACAAUAAUGGAUCAGACAGAGAGUGUUGUUUGGUCAUGAACCUGAUCAUUUGCAGUUUGUUGGUUGUUUGAAUUGCAGUUAGAAGUUGAACUAUUAAGUAGUUGCAUUGACAUGUUCCGUUAGUUAAAUGGUUCAGAUACAGUUCUCUAUUUCGAGUUGUGUCAUCUCUUAUAUUCAGGAUUGGGGAUAGUUGUCGGUUUCGGUGUUAUUGCCAGUAAAAAAAUGGAACGGAA